AUGAGGAAUAGCUGCGUUUGGGCCCUGCUGGCCAUCAUCGUGCUGUGGCUGGCCUUGGCCACGACCACGACCAUGGCCGAGACAAUGAUCGAGGUGGACGAGAACGGGGACGAGUACGAGCUGAAGCGAUUCUUCAUUCAGGGCCGGCAGUUGGCCGGCGAUGGGAGCAAGUCCCAGUGCGUGGUCACACGCCGCAAGCGCUCAAGUCGGGCGGUUGCCCUGCCACAGUCCGUCUCAGUCAGUUCGCAGCAGCUGAGCGUGGAGCAGGUUCCAGCGGUGGAGCAUCGCGAGGGAUCCGCCACGAUCGGGGCGGAUCUGGAGGCCGGCACCAAGCGGCGGUAUGUGGCCUUCACGGGUGUGCAUCUAGAACCGGCAGAUGUGGAGGACGAGGACGAUGAUGAGGACGACGAUGAGGAGGAUUUCAACGAGGACGAGGAUAUCGACCAACAGGAGCAGCAGCACCCCAAAGCCCAGUCUCAGUCGCCGUCGCAGUCACAGUUUGUGCCCGCUGCCUUGGCCCUGCCUUUGGCCCAGUCCAGCGCCUCCCAUCUACCCCAUGGCGUCAGUGUGGUGGCCAAUGCCGCCAGCCAGGCCAACGUGGCCGGAGAUGCCGGUAUUGUGGUCGUGCAGUCCCACCAGCCGCCCAAAGUCAAUCCCGACACCCAUGCCGUCUUCGAGCUGAAGCCCGUGAAAUCGGAUGUCGUGCAGGCGCCCAUCCACUCCAGUGCCGUGACCACUGUCCAGGGCUACUAUCCGUUUGUGGGCCCCCACUGGCAGGAGUAUGGGCCAGACGAUGAGGACGAGGACGAGGAUGACUACGAUGAGGAUGAGGACGACUUCUACUACGGCCAGGGCCUUGGCGGCUACUACAGGGAGCGCCCCGGCUACCAUCCGCUGGGCGAGUACGACGAGGAGAUCAUCACCGAGGACAGUCCAAUCAGCACGACGGCUGUGUGGAGCACAGGCGUCGACGAUGAUGAUGACAUCCAUCCCGUCAUCAAUCAGGCCAACACGAGGCCCAACAAUAAGAACAAGAAUAAGAACAAGAAGAACAAGAACCAGAAGAAUCAGAAGAAUCAGAAUAAGAACAAGCGAAACAAGAACAAGAAGCAGCAGCAGAUGAAGCGGAAGGAGGAGCAGCAGCUGGCGGAGAAGGAGCAGGACCUGGAGCAGAAUAACCACGACAACGUGGACAUCAAGGAGCAGAAGCAGAAGAAGAAGCCACAGCAUCAGCAGCAGGAGAGCUCCCUGGAUGGGAACAAGAGACCAAAGAAGAAGCCAUCAUCCAGCAGCAGCAGCAGCAGCUCCGUUUCCGUUUCGACUUCCUCCUCGGGAAACACUGCCGCCGUCGCGGUGAUCAGUUCUAAUGGAGAUCUGGGAUCCUCCCAGCAGAACAAGAAAAAGAAGAAGCGUCCCACUGCCGCCAGCAGCGUGAACAAGCGGAAGACCAGGCCCAGCAGUCAGAAGAAGAAGCGUCCGAGCUCCAGCAGCAGUGGCAGCAUCUCCAGCAGCAACAAACGGAGACGCCCCCGUCCCAGCUCGAGCAGCAGCUCCAGCUCCAGCUCCAACAGCGUUGGCGGUUACCGCCGCCGUCGGCCCCAACAGUCGCUCAGCCAGCAGGAGCAGCUCCAGCUGCAGAAGGAGCGCCGCCGCCGCCAGAAGCAGAAGCAGACCCGGAAGCGCCAGCAGCAGCAGCAGAAGCGUCGCCGCCAGGAGCAGCAGCGCCGCCGCAGGAACCGCAAUAAGAAUCGCCAGUUCUACGGCGAUGAGCCCAUCAUCAAUUGCAUCUACAUCAACAAGGACCCGCCCACGACCACCACACAGCGUCCCUUCUGGAAUAUCCUGGGCCGCGAUACGGGCAGCAAUGACCCCACUCCAGCCCCUGUCGCAGGAGCAGUCGCAGGAGGAGCCGUGGCCACCGAUGCGGAUGCAGUGGAUCCCGUGGCAAAGCAGGCCGUCCUUCAGGCGGUUAGACGCAACUUUGGCGACUUCGGCGGACGCAAGCGAACCAAUUUGAGAUUCGUCUCCUAAGUGGAGA